AUGAAACUUACUGGUUUUUUGAGGAGUAAAGUGAGUUUCAAACUUAUCGUUUUGUGAAUUAAAUGAUAAAGUAAAUUUUUCAGGUUCGGGUCCGAUUCGCUCCCUCUCCGACAGGUUAUUUGCACAUUGGAGGUCUGCGCACCGCCUUUUUCAACUACUUAUUCGCCAAAAAGCACGGAGGAGACUUUGUUCUCCGAAUCGAAGACACCGACAGAGCCCGAUUCGUUCCCGAUGCUCAGGAGAAAGUGGGGAAUUCCGAAUUUAGAGCACAUUUUUAACACUUGUUUUUAGAUCUACGAAGCGCUCAAUUCGUACAAUCUGAUUCCGGACGAAGGACCGAGAGAAGGCGGUGAUUUUGGGCCUUACGAACAGUCGAAACGUCUGGAAUUUUACCGAGACGCCGCCGAUUCACUGGCCGAUUCUGGCCACGCCUACCGCUGUUUUUGUGGAGAAGACCGGCUGGAAUUGUUGAGAAAAGACGCAGCGAGAAGAGGAGAAAUCCCGAAAUACGAUAGAAAAUGUGCGCAUUUGGAUGCGAAAACGGCGAGAGCGAGGGCGAAUAACGGAGAGCAUUUUGUGAUUAGAUUCAAGUUGGAUAAACAAAAUGUCAGCUUCGAGGUACUUUAUUUUUCUAAAAUAUUUUCAAAGAAAUUUAUUUUCAGGACGAGGUGUUCGGCUCCGUGAGCCAAUGCAUUGACGAAAGCGACCCGGUGCUCCUGAAAUCUGACGGUUUUCCCACUUAUCAUUUGGCGAAUGUAGUGGACGAUCGAAAAAUGCAAAUUUCGCACGUGAUUCGUGGAAUGGAAUGGUUGAGCAGUACAGGAAAACAUCACCUUCUUUACAAGUACGUUUUCGUUCACUUUUUCGAAGAAAAUGAAACAGAGUUUCAAUAUUUCAGAGCCUUCUCGUGGACGCCUCCCAAAUUCAUCCAUUUGUCACUGAUAAUGCGUUCGGCGACAAAGAAGCUUUCGAAAAGAGACAAAGACGCAUUCGUGGCGUAUUACGGCGAUGAGCUCGGAGUUCUUCCGGACGCCGUGCUCAAUCUCAUGAUCAGAAAUGGCUCGGGCAUCCGGGAUUUCGACGCGGAACACUUUUAUUCCCUUCCUGAAAUGAUCGAUCGAUUCGAUUUGAACCUUUUGGGUCGUCGGAACUUGCUUUUGGACUCGGACGUUCUCGAAAAAUACUCUCGAAUGGCUUUCCAAUCGGCCGAUUUCGACACGGAAUUGUAUCCGCGGAUAGUUGGACGUCUGCAGAGAGAUCGGAAACAUUUCCAGAUUCCGGACAAAGAAUACGUCAGAAAAGUAGCAUUUCCGGAAAUUCCAGAAUCAAUGUUCUUGCUUUUCACAGGUUGUCGCUUUUUUGAAAUCCAAAGAGGAGAACUUUGGAUAUUUGAGCUCUUUGACACGUGGCGAUUUCGUCUGGUUCUUCUCGCGUCCCGAAUCUUCCGAACUUCUCCGAUCUUCCAAUCCGAACGUGGAUCUAGAAGCGAUUUUGAAGAACUUAUCAGAAUUAGGUAAGAGAAUAUUCUUUUUCUCCAUAAAACUGAAAAUUUUCAGGCAUCACAAAUCUCGGAGAGUUGGCUAAGAAGCACGGAAUUUCACAUCCAAAAAUGAUGGGAAUCGUGCGAAUUUCGCUCAUUGGCAUGAAAAAAGGACCGCCCAUCUCGGAACUUGUCGAAUUUUUCGGAAUACAAGAGUGUCGAGAGCGACUGCAGACUAUGCUGAAACUCCUAAAUUGA